AUGGUGUGCGUGGAUGCAGGCUUCACUCAGAAGACGAGGAAGAUUCGCUGCGGCCCGGAGGCCGUCUUCGGGGAGCUCUUUCGCUGGCCUCACUAUGGAAAGCUUGUCAUGGGAGAGAUGCUGUCCAUUAAAGUUUACAACUGCAGCAAGGUUUUCAGUAACAGGCUUCUUGGUACCCUUGUCCUCAGCCUUCAGCACCUGAUGACGUCUGGGAGACUGAUCCUCCGGGAGGCCCUUGUCGACAUGAACCACAGAGUCACUGGUAUCUACAUUGAGUUGGAUUUGCGCUACCAGCCUCCAAAUGGCUCAGCUGGGACCUGGGUUGAAGAGGACUUUGUCUAUCAGAUGAAAGACAGUUCGGAGUUAAUCAUCCGCAAUCCUGGAUUUGAGGAGCUGGAGGCAGCUGAAGGGCCGAGAGCGAGUGAACUGGACAGGAGGGCUGCCACGCUGGGCAGGAAGCUGGCAAAAGGCCUGGAGACUGAUGAGGAAGAGGAAGAUGAGGAAGAAGAUUUCUACGACUUGUCCGAGAUGGAGGUCUCGGGCAUUGUCUUCAGCCCUGUGAAGAGCCGCUCCAGACUUUGCUCCGCACAGGACCUCUUUGCCACCCCAAUCCCGCAGAGCUUCCAGGUUGGGAUUAAUAUCAUUGAAGCGCAGAAGCUGGUGGGUGUGAACAUUAACCCCUUUGUGGUAGUCAAGGUUGGAGAGGAGAAGCGGCACACGGCGACGCAGAAGUCAACAAACUGCCCCUUCUACAAUGAAUAUUUUUUGUUUGAAUUCCAUGAGCCAAGGGACAUUUUAUUCCACAGACUCAUAGAGAUCUCAGUUUUUCACUCAAAGAAGAUACCAUUCCUGGGAACGUGCAUAGGAACGUUCAAGAUGGAUGUUGUGACGGUGUACAGCCAGCCAGAUCACAGGUUUUUCCAGAAGUGGGCUGUUAUCAGUGACCCCAUGGACACGCGGGCAGGCGUGAAAGGCUUUGUGAAGUGCAACAUCUCUGUCACUGCACGUGGGGAAGUUGUGGGCUCCCUUCCCACCUCCUCCAGCAGCCAGGAUGAGGACAUUGAAAGGAACCUGCUCCUGCCUAAGAGAGUCCCUGCAGAAAGACCCUGGGCCAGGGUCUGCGUCAAGCUGUAUCGUGCUGAGGGCCUGCCCAGCAUGAGCGCAGGCAUCAUGGGUGGUUUCUCCAAGAUCAUAGGGGAGAAAAAAGUCUUUAUUGACCCAUACGUGCAGGUCUCGUUCUGCGGGCAGCAGGGGGAAACAUCGGUGGAGACGAACACCACUGACCCUGAGUGGAACGAGCAGAUCAGCUUCAUCGAGAUGUUCCCACCUCUGGCCAGGAAGAUAAAAGUCCAGGUGUUGGAUGAUGCCAAUGUUGGUGAUGUGGCCAUCGCUACACACUACAUUGAUCUGCAGCAGAUCUCGGACUCUGGCAGGAAUGGCUUUAACCCCACAUUUGGCCCAGCCUGGGUGAACCUGUAUGGCUCCCCCCAGAACUCGGCUCUGCGGGACAUCCACAAGGACCUCAACGAGGGCAUGGGUGAGGGGAUCUUCUACCGUGGGCGCAUCCUUAUGGCCAUCACGGUGGAGAUCUUCAGCAGCCCCAGCGUGGCAGAGAGGAAGCUUGGGGACAAGACGAAAGGUGCCCUAAGCAAACUGAAGUUGAAGAAGAAAAGUAAGAAAUCCAAGGAGAAAGCCAAAGAACUGAGCCAGCUGCAGGGAGAGGAGGCUGGGGGCUCUCAGGAGACCGAGCAGCCCGGGGAGGUCACUGUGGAGGUGGAAGAGCUUCAUCCACUCCCCGAGAAUGCAUUGGGGAGGAAGGAGGAAUUCCUCCUCUUCGCUGCCUUCUUUGAAGCCACUAUGAUGGACUCCUCUCUCAGCUCCAAGCCCGUCAGCUUUGAAGUCUCUAUAGGAAACUAUGGCAAAGCUGAAGAGGUUGUGACCAAAGUAUGGAGAAAAAAGGAAAAGGGAGAAGUGAAAGAAGAAAAGCAGCCUUUGCUGGACCCUGGUUCAGAUGGUGAGCUGGAUGUUGAAGUCCUGGCCCCAGCUUCAGCAGCACUGAACAAGUCGGUGACAAACAGCCAGAGACCAGAGCCCAUGGAGUAUGACAGGUCAUACAGCUGCCUGCCCAUGAUGCAUGAGAAACCCUGCGUGUACGUGUGGAGCUACUGGGAGGAUCACACCUGGAGACUCUGCAUUUCCAACUGGAUUGUCAAGCUGGCAGAGCGCCUGGAGCAGGGGCUGGAUGACGUGGAGAAGCUCAUGAGAAGGCCAAAGACUAAAGCAGAAGAGCGGCUCAGAGAGGUGCUGGAGGAAUUUGUAGCUGGUUGCAGGCAAUAUUUACUCAGCACAGAGAGAAAAACAAUGGCACAUCCAAACAACCUUGACAGAUGUCGGAUGAAAUACCUGAUGCGCAAUAUCAUCCUGUAUGCAAAGCAGGGGCUUCGCAUGAGGCGUCGGCUGACUCGAGCCAACGUCAAGGAGAAGGUUAAGGAGACAAGGAGGGUCCUGACAAAGCUACGCUUCAUGGCUAAAGAGGGUUCCCCUGAGUUCCUCGGCCAGGCCUUUGCUGUCCCACAGGUGAAGCUGGUCGAUGAGCCGUACACCAAACCUGCCCUUCAGUUCUUCGAUUUCUACAAAGGCAGCAAAGCAGUGGGAGAGCUCAUUGCCACUUUUGAGCUGAUGGAGCUGGACUACAGUGGCUAUUUGGAGCCAUCAGUGCCUGAGGACGUGGAGCCCAAGGAGCCUGACUACCUGGGAGAUCCCCAUGCUGGACGGUUCAUCAUCCCUGAGGGCAUCCGCCCAGUGCUGAAGGAGUUUCGCAUAGAGAUCCUGUUCUGGGGCCUGCGGGACCUGAAGCGGGUGAACUUGUUCGAGGUGGAUCAGCCCCAGGUGAUCAUUGAAUGUGCUGGCAAGAAGGUGGAGUCAGAGGUGAUCAUGGCCUACAAAGAGAACCCCAACUUCACUGAGCUGGUCAAAUACAUGGACGUGGACCUCCCAGAGCAGGUCUAUCUGCACCCUCCCCUCAGCAUCUUCGUGGUGGAAAAGCGGGCGUUUGGACGCACUGUACUGGUGGGUACCCACGUUGUGUCUGACGUGAUGAAAUUCUCUCCCAGAGAGCUGGAGGAGGACCCAGAAGACGUGCCCAAAGCUCAGAAAGUCUCAUCCCAGCGUCUUCCCUCUCAGACUGUGGUAAACAUUGGCCCUGCAGCUGGUGACCCAGGUCUCAGCACUCACCCCCUGAGUCUUGUGAAGGCUCCUUUGAAGAAAAUUCCUAUCAAUAAGCUUGUAAAGAAAGAGGAUGAAUAUGAAGAGGAAAAACCGGAGCUGGAAGAACUGGAUUGGUGGUCCAAGUACUAUGAGUCCCUGAAGGAGCUGUAUAACCAGACACGCAGUGAUGAGGAAGAUGCUGAGAAUGAUGACCUGAAUGAUACAGAUGGAGGGAAUUUAAAUGCAUCCUCCAUUGACAUGGAAGCAGAAGAUGAGGCAGUAAUUGAAGCUGAACCUGCUCGACCCAAGAGGAAGCUCAUCGCCACCCUUCAGAUCUACAACUCUGAGCUGGAAAAUGAGUUUGAUAAUUUUGAAGACUGGCUGUGUAUUUUCCCCCUUCAUCGUGGCAAAGCAAAUGAGGAUGAAGAUGGAAAGGAGGAUGAACAUUUUGUGGGGAAGUACAAGGGCUCCUUCUAUGUCUACCCCACUGAGGAAGCUGGCACAGAGCCCAGGGUCUCCGAGGGCAUUCCAAGGAACAGACCCAUCAAGGUUCUUGUAAGAGUUUACAUCGUUAAGGCUACGAACCUGUCUCCAGCAGACCCCAAUGGCAAGGCAGACCCCUACGUGGUGGUGACUGUGGGGCAGGAGCAGAAGGACACAAAGGAGCGAUACAUCCCAAAGCAGCUCAAUCCUGUGUUUGGAGAAGUUGUGGAGCUGACAGUCUCCUUUCCCAUGGAAUCAGAACUCACUGUGGCAAUAUUCGACCAUGAUUUGGUUGGGUCUGAUGAUCUGAUUGGGGAGACCAAGAUUGACUUGGAGAAUAGAUUCUACAGCAAGCACAGGGCCAACUGUGGAGUGGCGUCUCAGUAUGACAUAAAUGGCUACAACAUGUGGCGAGACGCUUUCAAGCCCACACAGAUCUUGGAUAGUUUAUGCAAGAAAAACUCGCUCCCUGCAGCAGAGUACAGACGGGAGGAGGUCAAAAUGGACAAUAAGAUAUUCAAGGUCCCUCCAGAGGCUUUUCCUGAAGAGGCCUCUGUGAGGAACAAGAGAAGAGUGGCAGAUGAGAACUGGUCAGUGGAUGAUGAACAUAAGGCUUUGUACGUCCUGCAGCACUGGGAAGAAAUGCCAGGAUAUGGGUACAAGCUGGUACCAGAGCAUGUGGAGAUCCGGUCCCUGUACAACCCCGAGAACCCUGGGCUUGUGCAGGGCUCCUUGCACAUGUGGAUUGACAUGUUUCCAAAUGACGUCCCUGCACCGCCGCCGGUCAAUAUCAAGCCACGACUGCCUGUCAGCUAUGAACUGCGUGUGAUUAUCUGGAACACGGAUGACGUGAUCCUUGAUGAUGUGAACCCAGUAACAGGAGAGCCUUCCAGUGACAUCUACGUGAAAAGCUGGAUAAAGGGUCUUGAUCACGACAAGCAGGAGACGGAUGUUCACUUUAAUUCCUUGACCGGGGAGGGCAAUUUCAACUGGAGGUUCAUCUUCCGUUUCAAUUAUCUCCCGACCGAGAAGGAGAUCACCUACAAGAAGAAGGACUCUGUCUUCUCCGUGGAGGAAUCAGAGUUUCGGGAACCAGCUGUUCUGGUCCUCCAGGUCUGGGAUUACGACAGGAUUUCAGCUAAUGACUUUCUAGGCUCCAUCGAGCUGAAGCUGCAUGACAUGGUGCGGGCAGCCAAGAGCUCAGAGCAUUGCACCAUCAAGAUGGCCAAGGAGAAUGCAACACCUCGCUUCUCCAUCUUCCGAAACAAGCGCAUGAGGGGCUGGUGGCCCUUCAUCAAACUCAAAGAUCAAGAAGAUGAGGAGAGAGAGGAGAGGGAGGACAAGCAGAAGAAGAAGAAAAAGAAGUGGAGCAGCUCAGUCAAACCAGAGGAUGUGGAGUUCACAGACCCCAGUGGGAACAAAUAUCUCCUGACGGGUAAGGUGGAAGCAGAGUUCCAGCUGCUGACUGUGGAGGAGGCUGAGAAAAGUCCUGUCGGUUUGGGCCGAAAAGAGCCUGAACCCCUGGAAAAGCCCAACCGGCCAAAAACUUCUUUCAACUGGUUUGUGAAUCCCAUGAAGACCUUUGUGUUCUUUAUCUGGAAACGGUACAAGAAAUACAUCGUUGUGCUGUUCGUCGUAGCUGUUCUGACCAUCUUCCUGGUUCUUUUGAUCUACACCAUGCCUGGAUACAUCAGCGAGAAGAUCAUCAAUGGAUAAAUGCUCUCCAGCACAGGACUACUCAAAGACAGGGGUGAUUAUUGCAGGAAUCAAGACUGGACCAGAAAGUUUAAGGAAAUCCUGCAGGUGCAGAGUCCAUCUUCAGAGUGAGAGACCUGCAGAAGUGGCCUCACUUUGGGGAGUCAUGUUUCAUGCUAAGUACCCAUAAGGUGCUAAGAAACCAAGUAACCAACCUACUAAAUAAGGCAAACUCGUUGAA